ACUUGAUUGAAAGCGAAUUCGAAUCCAAAUUUUUGUCAGCGUCCGAAAUAUUAAAGAACAACGUUAACCGUACCUAUGUAGAAGUGAUUGUGAAUGUAACAUUAUUCGGCAUCAGUUUUGUAUUCAUGCGCAUCAUGAUUCGAAGUUCAUCAUUAUUAAUUUCAAUUUUUACGAUUACGGUGAUCGAUUAUACAUUCAGUCAUGAGGGGCGACUUGGCAGUGAAACUAACACGAUUGUCAUCAAUUAUCCAAAUCCUAGAAGAGAUGAGAACGUAUCAGACAUAUAUCAUAAUAAUACGAUAGUUAAAGACCCGUACAGAUGGAUGGAAAACUUGAAUAGUGACGAAACGAAGAAAUUAAUCGAAGCGGAAAACGCUUUAACGAGAUCAUAUUUAGACAAAAGUCCAUUUCGUGCUGAAUUUGAGGCUCGUUUGAAGGAAUUGUAUAACCAAAGAUACAGCAAGUUUUUUCAAAAAGGCAAACGUUUUUUCUCAUAUCAGAAUACUGGAUUACAAAAUCAAGACGUGGUUUUCGUGCAUGAUUCAUUAACCAGCGAAGGUAGAGUGUUAUUGGAUCCGAAUACUCUCAGUAAAGAUGGAACUAUCGCAUUUGAUCAAUAUUUUUCUGCUUUCUCCGAGGAUGGACAAAUUUUCGCCUAUAUAUUAAUUGCAAAUGGUUCAGACUGGAGAACAGUGCGAUUCAAACACGUGGAACAAGGUGAUAUUUAUAAAGAAACACUGGAAAACGUGAAACUUUCAUCGUUAGCGUGGACGCAUGAUAAUAAAGGCGUAUUCUAUUCGGCAUAUCUUGAUCAAAAAAAUAAAACGGAAGGAUUAAACAUUAACAGGGAUGGAAAUCAUAGGUUAUAUUACCACGUGGUUGGAACUGAACAGUCUCAAGAUGUGGUUGUAGCAGAAUUUCCAGAACAUCCAGAUUACUGGCUAUUUGGUAAUAAAGUCAGCAAAUGCGGAAAGUAUCUAAUUGUGUGUGCCCAUCUCGGUGAUGAAAAUAUGAUACACAUCGCGGAUUUGGAAAAAAUUAAUUACGAAAUAAAGGGUAAAUUACAACUUAUACCAAUCGUCCCAAAAUUGGAAGCAAGUUACAGAUAUGUUAAUAAUCAUAAUAGAACCUUCAUUUUCAAUACCAAUAAAGACGCUGGUAACUUUAAAUUAAUUAAAAUUGAUAUCGACAACCCGGAUCCUAAAACGUGGACAGAUUUGGUACCGGAAAAUAAAACAGAUGUAUUAGAGUGGGCAGCGCCAGUAUUUAAUAAAUUCAUGGUCUUAAGUUAUACCCAAAAUGUUAAGACUGUUCUCCAAUUACAUGACAUCAAAACAGGCAACCUAGUGAAGAAAUUCGAUUUAGAAAUCGGCGAGGUCGAUUAUUAUAGUUUUUUCAGCGAAGAACAAUCUCAGACGAUAUAUUUCCGAUUUGAAUCCUUCCUUACACCUGGUAUCAUUUAUCGUUGCAAUCUAUCUUCACCAUCAUCAUUCACCCUCGAGGUUUUCAAAGAAAACAAAUUGAAAAAUUUUGACCGUACAAAAUACAUCACAGAACAGGUAUUUUACAAAAGCAAAGAUGGAACCACAGUGCCCAUGUAUCUUACUUACAAAAAAGGUUUGCAAAAGAACGGAAAUAAUCCUACUUUUCUUCACGCUUAUGGAGGAUAUGGAUCUAGUUCGUUGCCUAAUUUCCGUAUCGAUUCGAUAGCAUUUAUGAGUAAUUUUGAUGGCAUAUUUGCUGUGGCUAAUAUCAGAGGCGGAGGGGAAUACGGAGAAAAAUGGCACAAUGCAGGAAAACUGGACAAGAAACAAAACUCUUUUGACGACUUUCAAUCAGCUGCUGAAUAUUUAAUCGCUGAAAACUACACUAAAACUCCACUGCUGACUAUAAAUGGAUUAUCCAACGGAGGACUUUUAAUGGGUGCCUGUCUCAACCAAAGGCCAGAUUUAUUCGGUGUAGUAAUCUCAGAAGCAGGUGUGUUUGAUAUGCUGAGAUAUGAUAAAUUCACAAUCGGUUACAACUGGAUACCUGAAUAUGGCGCGCCUUCUAAUGAGAGUGAUUUCAAAUAUUUGUUUAAAUACUCUCCCUUGCAUAAUGUCAGAAUACCGGAUGAUCCUAAUAAACAAUAUCCUGCUACGAUGCUCACAACUUCAGAUCAUGAUGAUCGUGUUCCACCUUUACAUGCGUUGAAAUUCAUAUCCACACUGCGGCAUGAAGCCAAGAGUCAUCCCAACCAGAAAAAUCCUUUCAUAAUCAGAAUUGAAGCUAAUGCAGGUCAUUCCGAAGGUGAACCGACAGAGAAAACUAUUGCUCGACUUGUGGAUGAAUACUGUUUCAUAAUAAUGAAUACUGGCAUCAAGUUUCAUACCACAUAGUAUAUGAGAUAUCAGAAAAAUAUAUUCACUUGGUUGGCAAUGUUGGCAUAGUUAUAUUAUUAAUCAUCAUGUUCACUUUGUAUAACUAAUGACUAAUGAGUACUUAUAAUUUUCUGUUGUUUGUGGAGCAUAUUCAUACUCAAUUAAAAAUUUUAUUAUGA